AUGAAUGGCUGCCACUUUGGUGGUGGUGGUGGUGUUGGUGGUGGCGGUGGUGGUGGUGGCGGCGGCGGCGGCGGCGGUGGUGGUGGUGGUGGUGAUGGUUGUGGACAUCGCGGGGACUGCAGAAAGUAUGCCAGUGGAGAUUUUUGGAGACGGUGGGUGAAAUGGCUGUGGUUUUAUUUCAUGGAGUCCGAUGAUGUCCGGCGAGGUCGAUUCGUGUGCAUAAUGUCUGUUAACAGAGUAGACACUAUGGAAAUGGUUGGGUGUUGUGGUUGUUGGUCCGCGACAUAUGAGGCUUGCGAGCCGCUCCUUUUGCUAUGGCAGAGGCAUUCACGCUGACUUCGCAGACUGCCGCUCUAGUCUUCUCUGCGCUUUUCCCGUCCAGCUGAUCCAGGGCAAGGUUCUCCCAGGUCUCGAGUUGAUGAACAGAUGCUUGGGAGAAUUCUUCGGGGUGUCCUUUCAACGCUCUCUUAUUCGCCUUGUUGAGAACACCCGUGGCGACGUCGCCCUAGAAGAAUCGUCUGUAUUGCCGUUCAUCAGACAUCCUUAUGACAUGGUCGCUCUAGCUCAGUUAUAGUUACAUUAGCAUUGCGUGGAUGCUGAGGAUUCUGCCCCGUCCUUAGACUUCCGUUUCAGGUUUCCUCCGUGCCACCUCGGUUUUUAUAUUCUACGGAGGCAGCCGAGUUGGAAAUGGUAAACCCCUGGCUUUGUUAGCGGAGACGAUCCGUGUCUCCGUCCCCCACAGCAGCGUCAUCAACACUGCUAACCUGGGACAGCUGGUGUUUUAUGUGGAGACAAAAGCCGUGGUGAUUCCAGUCUGAGACCCGCAGAAUUCGGAGAUCUGGUGGGUUACUACGUCAUGAGUCGUGGUGUUGUUUGAGACUGUAGUACCUAGAUAGGCGCAUUUGUCCGCCAAUGCGACCCAAGUUCCACUCACGUAAAUCCUGGGCGUAGCGUGUUUGUUCGCCGUUGUCUCUGUGUUGAUGGACAUGUCGGAAUGGUGUGAUCGAUAAGACAGAGGUUUCCAAACCAAAGGUCACGCAAGAGGGAUUGGGUUAGACAGCUUUUACUGCUGAGGAAGUGUGUACACAAGGGCUCUGCAAGCACUCGCAGCGAGCAGUAUCUCCAGGCAAGUUGUGUUGCCUGUGUCCGCCGCUGGGGCGCUUAGACCCCAGCGCGUGUGUGCGUCCCCCGCUGUCUCAGUGCCCGCCAGCCAAUCAAAGAAGGGGCAGCGUUGAUUGGCCUCGAACACUCGCGAGGAUAGUGGCAAGCAUCGCGCGUACCAAAAGGGAGUCGACAGGGAGUGUGAGACGGAUAUGAGGGCAGAAUGACAAAGAGGCGGAGAACAAGGAGGCGCAGAUUACCACAGACAAUCCCAAGUUGGUGCAGACGGGGGCGAAGGCAUUCAUGCUUCUUUGCAUACCUGUUUCGCCAUGGUGUUGAGUACGCAGUCGUUCGCAAAGAGGAGGUCGUGACCAGAAUUUUUGGAUUUUCACUUUGGUGCCCGUAAAAAUCGGAGUUCAAAAAUCUGACAGUUGGUCCUGUAAAAGGCGUUCAUACCAGUGCGCCCUCACGAUAGAUGCUAGUCAGGAUGGCAGAGAACGUGAGGCCGAAGUGAAUGGCAGUUAGUACGCUACCCUGCUUUACUCCAGUGAUCACUGCAAAUGCUUCUGUGACUGCCCCCAUCGUCCGUGACAUUAGUCAUCAUUUCGUCAUGCAAUUGGCGUAUCGUGUGUGUGAAGUGCUCCGUUCAUCCGAAUUUCAAAAUGGUCCUGGAGAGUCGAUUACGAUUGACGAUAUAACAGAUCUUUGUCAGAUUCACAACGGUGGUGUGGAGGUCAGCAAGCACUUCUUGCAACACUUCUUCUGCAGUUGGCGGACAGCAAAGAUCAUUGCAGAGGUUCCAUGGCUCCCUCAAAAACGACAUUGGAUUUCCGGGAGAAGUCCUCCUUGUAUUUUGGUGUUGAGUCGACUGAGAGGGACACGAAUAGGGGCUUUCCCCUGAAAUAUUGAGGAGAUACUUGUAGAGCGACGCUCGGCGAUCACGAUACGGGACACACUCGUCCAGCUUUGGGACUCAGUCUCUGACCUUACCAGCAGACGCACAGCGGCUAGUAGGGCAUAUAAUCAGAACAAAAUCACCGGCAAAGACAGGGAAGACUGGAAUGGCCAUUUCUGGCUUGUUGGUUGUCCUCAGCCAAACCUCUCCAACCCCAAGUUCUUCAACCCCCGAGGCGCGAUCCUGCGAGUUGUUGGUCAGAAGACCAACGCCCUUACCGCUGAGCCACGAGCUCGUUGGCCCGAGGAUAUGGUCGCCUCUGUGAUUAUCGCAGUGUUGCUGGCCCCUUGAGCCUGUCUAUGUGGACAAUGGUCACAUUCUAAGUCCUUAGGAACAUAUCCUUGCCGUCACUUCUCCCGCAGAAAUGGGAAGUGAGCUUGUACAUCAGCGGAGGGCGGCCGUAUUCACAUGCUUCAGUCAAGAUUGCGUGAGCUCUCGUUGGUUCCUCACUGCAGGGCUGACGUACUGCCUUAUUUAUUCCUGGGCAUGAGGACCAGGCCAUUGAUCAUUUCACCUGGGGGGAGGCUGUCGAUGAUACCGUCGGAGACUUUGGAGACCUGGUUGGGGACAUCUCUAAAGUGUCUAACCGAGAGCUUCCGAACCUGCAAUUUCUCCUUGAGGAAUGUUGUUCCAUCGGGGCUGAUCAUCGACGCGGUCCCUUUGGUGUGGGGACAUAGACAGCCCUGGUUGAAGCAUUACAAUUGCGCAUAUCGCAGCGUUCCGUCCUACCUGUUAUUUCUUUAGCCUUGAGAUUCAUCCAUGCAUACUGUCUUUACCGCAGUCGUCAUUGAAUCAUAUGUCGACCGAGAGCAAAAGAAGGCUGCUUUGAAUACGUCGGGUCCAGAUUUUAUGUGGGUUUUGUGUUGCCUGUCUUCCUCGAAUAGCUGAGGACAGAUUUCUUCAUCGUCGUAUCGACGAGUCAUUCCUGGUGUUGACGGCGUCGACGUCCGAGACCGUCCUUGGUGAUUGGAUGAAUCGCGUCCCGCGGUCGGCACCCCUGUGUCCCCGUGGUGUCUUGUCUUCCAGGCGCCCAAUCCUCCUGCUGACCCUGCUCACACAGAGCCUCGAUGUCCACCUUGUAGCCCGCGUCUUCUAGGGUUUAACCGUCGACACUGAGGCUGCUGACCGUCCUACUAGGCAGACCAAGUAUGCCUUUUCGGUCAUUUCAAUACGGCCCCAUUUCGGCUGCAAAUUUUCUUCAGGACAACUUUUACUAUUCGGAUACCAUAAACAGAAAGUACUGGAGUCGCCGCCGAUCAACGGUCUUUCAUACUAUGUCUACCAAUUAACAGCCUUAUUCGGUGUCUGUGUGGUUUAAACUUAGUGCGGAUCAAAGAAACUUGGGUAGACAACAAAAGGAUGAAGUUCACUAGGCACGAUCACGCGAAGAGAUACCAAUGCGGAUCUAGCGUAUCCUUUUAGCAGUAUAUAGUCACGGCAUAAUAAAAGGUAAAAUCCGAAGUGACGCACUACCGAUCCGCUUAAAGAAGGGGACAUGUACUUUCUGUUCCUCCCUGAAGUUUCAAUCUACGUAGCCCGGGUUCCAACUCCAGGUCAUCCUGACCUGACUUAGGGUGCGGUCAUUUUAAUUCCUCUUAUCUUUGACGCUUUCCCGUCUACGAGGAGUGUGGAUUACAGGUUUAGAAGUUAGAAUUUAACCGCGCAGUCAUGAGCCACUUCUUUUAGGCUUUCAUGGUAGAGAGCACGAUUGGUAGUCAUUUCACUGAUGAAUUGUAUAAAUUAGUUCCCGCAAGGCAAGGUGAGGCAAACGUCUGAAAGAGGAAAUCACUACAUUUAUGCGGACAUUUAUACAGACAAGUUGCGAUGAUUUUGCAAGUAGAUAUACUCUUCAUAAAUCGGAAAGCUGUUAUACAGCCAUCGGAGUUAGAUCAACAGUCUCAGAGUGGUCCUCAAAGCUGUCACUCACGAGAAAAACACAAAAGUAGCCAGCAGGGUUCUGUUAUUUAGUUGUAAUAACACUGGCGAAAAUCAUAUCAGAGGCAAGCCGUGACCUACAACUUUACGCCUGCUUGAAUAGCAAUGCCCCCUUUCUCCUACAAUCGGUGACUCACUCAACAUAAAAACUAGCUAAUGAAAACACAGACCUGAGAUGUUAUCGAAAACUGAAUUUCCAGCCUUAUGACAAGCGCCCCAAGUCUUACGGGCAGUGACCGAAAUAACGCUAUCUUCAUUCCGAUCCUGGUGUGGCAUCAGAAAUAGAAAGUCUUGCACAUGCAUCACUAUACUGACGGAACGGGUAAGAAAUAAAGGCCCAGAGGCAUGUUUCCCGAUUUUUUGCCCCUACCUGACAAAGCUGCGAGGAGUUCGACUCGUCCGCGUUCCCCAUUUGCGCUCUGGUAUAUACUCCAGAUUUGAAUUUUCAGCUUUUGAAUUUCCUCAGAAAUUAAUUUGCUAAUUCAGAGUAAAUACUACGAAAUAAGGUUAAAUAGACUCAUUCCGAAAGUAAAUAUGAAUAUUUGUGGUGAAAUUCAGCUAGGAUUUGACUAGUAAUCGCGCUGUCUGUGUAGCGGAUCGUACACUACGUGUAUACUGCUGAUUGCGUGUUAGCGACUUAUAAAUAUUAAUGACUUUCCUGCCGAAACUGGUGGACUCGGGCUCAAAUGUCCGUAUCAACUUCCGGACUGAGCCUACAGAUUUCCAUUACGGAGGGUUUACUUCAAGUUAUCGCAUUAGUUUCUGAGGAGGUUAAAAAGUUGAAACAGAAAGUUUUGCUUCCAUUAUACCUCCGGACAAUGACCUUGUUGACAGCCAAUUGCCUCGAAGAACCAAAUUAGUGUACCACACGUAAGCACUGCAAUUGGUUAAAAGGUAAAUUCAAACGCUCGCGUGUCUGCACUGGGCGAUGUGGCUAUCAACACGGUGAAUUUUGGCGAUGGCCUAAAGUAGCCUAUCAAGCAUCCCUCUCUCUCUCUCUCUCGCGGCCAUUGUCACGCAUAACUGACGCACGUUGCCAUCUUCGUUACCUCUUCGUUGCCAUCUUAAAAAUACUGCGCUCAGUCUAUCCUUAUGUCAUUUGCCAUCAUCGUAGUGUCUCCGAGGUUGUGAAAUGUUCUUAUUUUCUCAGUGAUAAAGGCAGACCAGCCAACAUGAUCCUAUGCAAUGCAUGUAGGCGCAGCCGACUGAGGUUGUCUUUGUAGCCGUAGUAACUGGACGCUAGCCUCCCUGGAAAAAGCAGUUCUCAUAUUUAGGAGCGGAAUGUUUACUCGGGCUAACAAAUGCGAUGGGCUUUGUUGCGAUGUCAGCAACCAGCUAUAGCGGAUAUGGUAAUGCAUUCCUAUGUUUAAUGUCUUUACUUUCGGUUGUAAUUUAGAUUAGAAAGGGAUCUAAGUAGCAGUUAUUGUCCUUGUAAUGUUGUGAACUAUUUAGGACUAGGGAUUUCACAUGCCUGAAGACGUGCGACCUGGGGCGGAAUCCAACCGUUGACCUCUCGAAUUCCAGUCAAGUGCUCUGACACCUAAGCCACCGGGGGGUCUUCGCUGAAGUCGCAGAUGCUGAUAGGUUCUCUUCUGACUCGCAAAGACGGGAGAGAUGCGGUUUUUUAAAUUAAGUAUUGCUUCAAGCCAGAUAACUUUUUAACUCGCAGGUGUGAAUAGCAGCUAUGAGAAUGAAGUCAUGUGAUUUCCGAAGCAUUUUUCAUGGGGAACGUGACGAGAUUUCCGACCCAAACCUGCGACCGAAAGCACAGACUCACACGUAUGUAGACAACGCACAGACAGGGUCCAGCUAACUGGUCGCCAGUAGUAUCUAACCCAAGUCCCAACAUCUGGAAGUUUUCAGCGUCGGUGAAUAUUCAUUUACACAGGAAUGGGUGCACAGUACGUUUUUCCGUUUCCAGGACUGAUAACACUGAGGCAUGUUAGUUUCUGGGUGAGUAAAUACUCAGUCGACGGAGGAGAUUUUGCUGACAACGAGACGCUGGCAGAAAUUCGUCGGAUCAGAGCUAAUUGUGUAUUUGCUCGAUCUGGUCGGUGGAACGUUUGGGCAUGUGUUAUGUUUCAGAUUUCUGCUUAUAGCUUGCAAAAAGGUGCGAGUAAACCUGAUAAAAAGUCGUUACUUAGCCCUUUUGUUUCAGCUUAAAAUCUAAGCAUAUUUGCAGGGUAACAAUUGCGCAAACUUACACUUAUUGGGAUCCUGGCGAUCGCGCUGAGGCAGCCAUUUGGCGGACUGUUUGGGACAAACCAAACGAAAGUAGAGAAUGACAGCAGGGAAGGCGGAAAAUGACGAACGCAUUAGGCGCACCAAAUUUGACUUUUGUGAUGCAUAUGCGUCAGCUACCAAAGCAACAGACAUGAUUCCUUAUUUUUAAAGCAAAGAACCGGCAGGCACGGCAGGUUCAUUCGAAUUUUUAAACUAUACCUGCUCACAAAAACUCCUAAAUUUAGUAAGCUUAACUGUAAAGCAUAGAGCUAUGCGGGAGGCUUAAUUUGAAAUGCAGUUCGAGAGUACUACUAUUUAUAUUAAAGAAAACAGCUGAAUUGCACUGAUGUACGGACUGCGUUCCUUCUUACAGGACCUAGGGAUGAGUAAGUUGUAGACGUCUCUCAGUUUCGGGACAACUAAGGAACAAAGCACUCCGAUGACUCCGCCUGACCAUAAAACUUUGAUAAGUCUUUUAUACUGAACCCCUAUAAGAUAUGGUCGAAAUGAAUGUGGCUUAGUGGGGUUAAUAUUCCGUGUAAUGCCAUUCUUAGAACUCCUGUCGGCACAUGGAUAUAAUCCUAAGGUACUUUUCGUACCACUUUGUCAAAGAAGUGCCUACUUAAGGUACUCAAGGUAGACUGGCUCACUAGGAAUUGCUAAAUUAUCUAUUUGAUUCUCCGAAGGACAAUGGACAACAAUUUAUUUUGAAAUGUUUUCAUUCGCUAGACUCCGUUAAACGUCCUUCUCGAUGAAGAACAUCCUAACUGCUAUAUAUGCACAUAUACAUGCUCGAGAGGCGCUCAUGGAUAAGGUCGCAGGACGUGCUCGUCUCUGUGCGCAUAGGGUAUCAAUCUAGAGUCCUCGCAGACAGAUACACAGCGAUUAGAAGUAUAUACAAAUAAGGGGGUAGCGACAAACUGAUCACAACUGAUAGGAUAACGGACCUGUGAAUCAGUAGCGGGGUAUUGGACAACCUCACAGUCUGUGUGCACGGGUUCGAACUCCAGGCACUCGGGAUCCGGAAUUAGGUAUGGUUGGUCGUAGACGGGCAGUCAGCCAGGACUAACAACCCAGGUUUCCCUUGUCUUUUGUUGGCCAUAUCUUAUCUGCAUAUAUAUAUGUAUGAUGGUAGGGGCGUUCACCGAUCGUCCUUACGGAACACACUCGUUCCGUUGUGCUUUACGGGCUCUCUCUAGAGCCCAAACAGCAGCCGCACAGCGGCGCAUGAUAUACGCAGUAUGUUAUUACCGAUAAAGACAAGGGGAAUUGAAAUGGCCAUUUCUGGCUUAUUAGCCGCCGUCAGCCAGUCAUACCCAACCCCGAAGUGUGGAACACCCGAGGCUCGAACUCGGGACCUGUUAGUUAGAAGUCCACGCCUCUAACCACUGGGCCACGAGCCCGUUGGCCUGUCGGUUUUCGAUCGGGAAUAUACAGUGGUAGGGGGCGCUCACUGAUUUUAGGGCACAACGGAACGAGUAAGUUCCGCAAGAACGAUCAGUGAGCGCGCUAUACCAUUGUAUAUUCCCGAUCGAAAACCGACAGGGCAACGGGCUCGUGGCCCGGUGUGUAGAGACAGGACUUCUAAACCAACAGAUCGCGAGUUCGAGGCUCGGGUUUUCUACACUUCGGGGUUGGGUAUGGCUGGCUGACGACGGCUAAUAAGCCAGAAAUGGCCAUUCCAGUCUCCCUUGUCUUUGUCGGUAAUUCCAUUCUACUUAAAUUUUUAAUUAUGUUAUUUCUGAAGACCAUGAAAUGCCCAUCUGAUAAUGCUGCUUAUAAAUAUACUACAUGGUCUAGGUCAAUCGAAAAAUUGCAUGAGUUCUGCAUGAUAUCCUCCUAAGAGCUUCAAGCAGUGUGUGAUUUUCCUUUGGCGGACUGUAUACAGAAUGCAGUUUGGAAACCCUAAAUGUAAGUAUACCGGCAAGUCGGACUCAAAGGUAUUCUGGAAUUAGAAAAAAGUUAAAACCCAGCGAUACUCUUCAUCCAAGAAUAAUAUUUGAAGAAGACGCAAUCUUCUACCAAAUGAGUGCAAUAAAGAAUAUUUUUGCAGGCUUUCUAUAAAAUACAUUUGCAUCUACAAGGGCAUCGAAAAUCAGUUGGAAACAUUUAUGCUAUUUAUCUUGUAAUUUUUUAGAGUGCAGUUUUUACAGGCGAUCGAAAGGAAGUGCAUUCAAGAGUCGGCAUCCUGAUGUGACUGAAAUAUCUUAGGGUUAUGCUAUGUGGUGAUUAGUAUAGCGACCCUAUUUAAGUAGUCUCUUUGGGUCAAAACAGCGCAGAAUUUCGUUUAACACUUCAGGAGGUAGCACAUAUGCACGUAAGUUGGUAAGACGUCGUAGAAAGAGAGUAGACUUAGGCAGAACUGUUUUGGGCUUAGCCUGCCUUCGUUCACUCACCCACAACUCUCCCCACGCUCUGGGAUCUGAAACGCAUACAUGCACACGCAUAUAACGCAGGAAAGGUCUAUGAAAUGGACAGAACAGAAGUUUAUUUGUACCUCAUCAACUGUCAUCCUUUGCUGAUGUUGAUCAAGUAUUUAUUUAAGCUACCCCCAUUCUGCUUCCCUGCCUGGGUGGUGGUUGCCUGUGCGUGAUCUCUGUCACUCAUAAGAAGUUUGUCUGCCUCGGGAAGCCAAUGAGGUAACAAUUGGGAGAUGGCACCCAAAAAAUCCGCCCAACCAAAGCAGCCUGUCUUACGGGACAGGUGGUAAUAGGGGUUUUACGGGUGGGGCCUUCGAUUGCGUGGAUAAAUAUAAAUAAUACUAAGAAGUUUUUUUCAGAAAUGGCUUUUCGAACGAUAAAGUUUAACCCCAUCACUAUAUGGCAAGAAAAAUUUGCGCGGUGUCGGACUUACUUGAAGAGGCAUAUAAUAUGAAGUCGAUCCAGCUCGUAUUCCCUGCUUAAUUGCUUUUUUAAAUAAGGGAUUGAAAGCGGAAUGCAGUUGGCUAAAGGAAACGUUCUACGUUGUGCUGUUCAUGACCCUAUGCCUUCAUAUCCUCGCUUUUAAAACUGCACGUUCAAUAAACACAGAGGACUGAUUGAAAACAUCGCCGCACUUGACCCCGACGAGAGUUGCCAUUUUGUGAAAUUGCUUAGCUGAUGACACCGUCUGUCUAGGAUUGUAUGCUUCUAAAGCUUUCCGGCCCUCAGUAAAAUACCCUUAUUUUAUUCCUUUCAUCAGCCUGUGGACGAACACUCAUGCAGUCCUCCGGCAUAUUCUCAUCUCCCAAUUGCUACCGCCAAUGAAUCUGUGUGCAUUCGUGCCAGCUUUAAUACAUCUAUAUAUCAGUAUUGUAGAGGCAGUAUGCAUCCCGAGCCCCUAUAAUGGAGAGAGAAGAAGUUUUGCGGAAACAGUCGAGCUGUACUCAUGAAUUUUCGGGUUAAUGACACCAACAGAGGGUCAGACGGAAUGAAGACAAAGGGCAAAUGGAGACUGUCACACUAAACCACUUGGCGCCACAGGACAUUGACAGGCGGACCAUUAGCGUGUUAGAUAAAUGUGGUGGGCACAGGGUAACGGUAGGUACCUGAGCGGAGGGCGAGGAGGGGGAUACAGUUACGGCGCCCAAUGCCAGAGGAGAAGGGAGAAUGAUAGGUUAGCGGGGCUGCGGGUGGCUGGAUUAGCGGUCGCUUAGCGGCAUGAGGCAGGGCCCAGUGAGUCGUGAUCCCAGGCCCUCAUAAUGGACGCCUAGGUCAACAUGGCAGUUGACAUUGUCAGCAGUUAAGUACCUUGCCUCGAUAAAUUCUCUCGCGCGUUUGUGUUGGCCAGGGCGAUGCCACUAUCUCGCCCCUUUAGUCAUUCGUAUAAUCAUAAGUGACUUAAGGUCGUCGAUUUCGAGAAUAAAUCGAUUCGUGUAUGGCAAUCACCUGGUUGUCGUCACCCUACCGAACGCUGGUGACAUGCGAAGGAAACAGCCUCUUUUAUUUGGAUGCACAAGUUUUCAAGUAUUGGGAGGUCGGAAAUAAAUGUCGUUUUCUAUAAAUGGCACGAAAAGUCUUUGCUGAAAACGUUUUAUUUUUUAAUCUGUUGCAUAAAUCGUCAUCGUUAUCAAUCACUAUUGUCAAUCUUGGGAACAAUUUUUCAAUACCCUCUUUGUAAAAGGAAGUUUGUUAUGUAAAAAAGAAUUUCGAGAGCCCUGUUUCGACACCAACGCCGUUUCGAAAAGUUUUUACACCAGGAAAUGCUUCAAAUAUCCGAACGAACGAUAAUCAGUUGGCGUACAGUCAGCUGAACAGGGUGGAUGGGGCAAAAGUUCCCACUCUAAGUCUCAGAUUUUGUCCUGAGACCUUCUCGCGCUGUCAUGCAGCCGAAUGUCAAAUUCUCUAUUGAUGAGGGCUCGAUGUUUAACGGCAAAGAACUGGCUUAAACGUUCUGAUUAUCGACAAUAAAGGCUUGCUGUUACGGUCUGACUGUUUUGUAAUCAUCCAGAGUGAAGUAUGCCUAACAUAGAUGGCCAAGGACACGGUGAGACUUUCUUGGAGUAUGGUCCUGAUUUCGACGCAGGAACCGAUGUCUAAUUUGUGGAAAGCCAUUUAUGUUGGCGAUUGUUGUUAACGUAAAGAAUCCAUUCCCUAUCUCCAGACACAAUUCAAUGAAGAAAUGGUUCCCUCUCCUGGGUGCUUAGUAAAAAUUGCGGAUUGCGAAAAACUAGGGCUUUGUUUUCUGUCGAACAAACACAGUGCGCUGACCUGCCCUAUCUGUUGAAUGUGCUCCUAAUAGAAGCCAUGAUGAUUUUAGAUUUUUCGACAGUUCUUAAUGGUUUGACGGGGAUCUGCCUCAAUGGUUGCGCGCAAAAGGUUAUUAUUCAGCUCCACUGGUCUUCCUGGACGAUGGGAAUCGAAGAAGCCCAAAUUGCCAGAUUGGAGUUGCCUGAACCAACACUGGCACUUGUGGACAUCUAGAGCAUUCGGAUAUACACCGCAAAAUGUUUUGGUGGCUGUUGUUACAUUGCUUCCCUUGCUAACAUCAUAAAGCCCUUUGGAUUUUAUGCCUCCUUUUUUUGUCAGGCCCCAUUUAAAACCAAAACACAUAUCGAAUUAUAAAAAACAAACGCUAACUGAUUUAAAAAGACACAUUGUUCGAAUUCAGCAGAUAUAAACACUUAAUGAAUAACAUCCUAAUUAAGACCACAAAAACGACAUUACGUCACCGUACCGCCCACAUAUUCUGAAUAUUUCUAAAUGUGUGCUUAAAUUAGGGGUCGAUCGAGACGUUUUUGUUAUUGACUUGAUUGUUGUUGACACGAAGACGACGACGAAUUGACUGCGGAGUCGUGGCACAAAGAGCACAAGUCCUGAGAGUUGUGACAGUUCGCUGGACGUAGUCGGUGAACGCCGUGUUCACCAGACUGAGUGUUUGGCUUGGAUAAUGGGUGAUGGACUCCGGUGAACCGUGUUUAUUUUACAGUGGAAGUGUUCAAAUAUAUUUGUAUAGCCCUAAAUGUGUGUUGAAAACAGAGGCAGAGUCUUUUUCGUUGUCACCAUGGCCAGGAGAUGUAGGGCUGUCCAGUUAGGGGGCAAACGAUGUACGUGUGGUAGGUCAUAUCAUCCGUCGCGUCCAGGUGGUGGCUGCGCCGCACGGCACGUAACUCUCAUUUGUGGCUCCCCGAAGCUAGUCUCUGCCUAGCGUCCACACAAAGGUAAUCGCCUCGACCGGUUGCUUAGACCGGAUAAGAGUAUUCGGUGCUGCUGUGUCCCCCAUAAUUCUUCCAACAUAUCACCUUCCCAUACUUUUCACUCCAAAAAGCCCUACGGAGCAGAUGAAAUGCGAUUCCGAAGGCGGCCCAGUCUAACACGUGUCGUCCUCCCACCAAAACAUUCGUGAACCAUGGUGGCGUUCGACAGCCGCCUGUGAUGUCUAAAUAGCCAAAGCUAUGGAUAGCACUGCUUACUCCUCUGAGAAGAAGGGACCGGAAGGGUGUCCUAAAAAAUGCUGGAAAAUCAGUUAAUCUGCGAGUAUACUGUGGCUUUUAGGUGCAAAACUCGCGAUCAACACUCUACGUGAAGCACAACCACUCCCGUCUCCCUCCCCUCAGUCACACCCCACAGGAUGCUACGGUGAGUCUGCUUACUCUGGCAGUCUGGAAUUUCCGUCCCAUUUUAGACACACCGAAAAGCAGCUGGCCGGAACGGAGAACGGCGUUGGCCGGUCGAGAGCUGGUGUGCCGCAAGAUGGACAUGGCUGUUCUCAGCUAGGCUCGAACCUCUGAAGAAGAUAAACUGGAGAAGGUGGGCGCUGACUAUGCCACGGAGUUACAGACACGAUCUUCACCGCCCGACAGCCGCAAGAGAGAUGCCAAGAAAUGCUGAUCACCCUCCACACUCUCUUCGUGGACUUGAUGAAAGCCUUCGGCACGGUGAAUCGCGAUGGACUGGGCAGAAUCAUGCAGAAAUCUGACUAUCAUAAGCGACUCACACACAUGGUACUUUAGUUCCACGGCAGUGUGAUGGCCCAUGUCACGCACAAUGGGAGAGUCUCAGAAACAUUUGCAGUGGCCAACGGAGUGGAGCAGGGCUGAAUACUGACCCCCAGUAUAAAAGUGAAUGAAGCCCCACUGGGAUCCGUGGACAGCUUCGCCUGCCUAGGCAGCGACAUUUCAGACUGCAAGCAAGACGACGAAGUGGACCACAGGAUCUCCACUAGCAGUCAGGCUGAAGUGCCCAGCGGUCAUCUCGUGGAGAGGGACGACGAGCGACCGUCCAAGCGAUUAUUCUAGGACGAUUCCGCUACUGGCGGUCGCCAACAGGACGAACACUUUGCGGACCUCCCUUAAGGAUUUACAAAUUGAACGGGAGCAUCGGAAAAACCUCGCCCAAGACCAAUCCGCUUGGAGAAGUACGAUGAAGGUUGAAGCAAAAAUUUGUGAAACCAACCAGAUCGCCGCUGCCAAAGCCAGAACAGCGUCCUGCAUAUGUCAAACGUCUCCGAUCCACAACGUCAGCACCCAACCCCCUCCAACAUCCCCACGUUGCCAACGCAUUUCUCCCGCACGAAGUGGUCUCGUCGGACAUCUCCGGACCAAUUACAACAGGAACCAGACAACGUCACCAUCGUCACCCCCCUUCACCAAAACCUACGACGACAACAACCACCAGCAUUGUCGCUACCGGUGAUCGCAUUCGUGAUUCUCCGGCGCCUCGAUCAACGUCGUUGGUUCACACCAUCUCUAUCAUCCCUGCCACAACGCCUGCGACGACAACUACCACCUCUCCAAUCCCCGCCACCUGUGAUAACACUCCCGAAGCCCCGUUAGCCACUACCCUCACCACCAUCACCCCUACCAUUCCCACCACCAGUAAUGUGGACUCUAUCUCAACCUGUCCAUGUUGCGAUUGCACGUCCGCCUCAUCCAUCGGCCUAUUUGCUCACAUGCGCUACCACGCUAACCUGCGCUAA